UCUGCAGCAGCAGAGAUGCUGCCUGCUGCUCGUGCUACUUUAAGUGGUUGGUAAAGCACAAGAAGUGCUACUGCUAGACAUCUGCUGGGUCAAUCAACGCUAUUUUGAAGCUUGGAGUACAUUCUGAAUGUUUACUUGAGGUUUGCAGUGGUACAAUUGGAGAAGCUGGACCCCAAGACGGAGCAUCAGGUGAACCUUUCAGCUGAAAAGCUGGGAAACACUGAUCCCAAAGCAAGCAGGAAUGGAUUUCCCCAGGUUUACAGAGCCCGCGUGACCCAUCAGUACAAAGUUCCCCCUCCACUGCUAAUGUGGUUUUGCUGGGAGUGGCACACGUAAGAAAAAUGGAGUUUUUAAACACUUCCCCAGAGAGCCACUGCACAUCAGAAUUACUUGACAGCAGCGAUGGUGAGGAAGAGGAGAUACUGGUGUACGGAGAAGAUUUGGAGCUCAAUCCUUUCGACGGCUUGCCUUACUCUUCCCGUUACUAUAAGCUUAUGAAGGAAAGACAAGAACUGCCAAUAUGGAAAGUGAGAUGUGCCUUUAUGGAAAGUUUGCUUCAUCAUCAAGUUGUGAUCGUGUCGGGAGACGCAAAGACUGGAAAGAGCUCCCAGGUCCCUCAGUGGUGUGCUGAGCACUGCCUGGCUGCUGGCUGCAGGCACGGUGCAGCUGUGUGCUCCCAGACACACGGACAGCUGGCAGUGCAGCUGGCCCUGCGUGCAGCUGAUGAGAUGGACGUCAACGUGGGCCACGAAGUCGGGUACUUUGUCCCCUUUGAGAGCUGCUGUACUACAGAAACCAUCCUCAGAUACUGCACAGAUGAUAUGCUGCAGAGGGAAAUGAUGUCUGCUCCUCUUCUGAACUCUUAUGGAGUUAUCAUUCUGGACGAUGUGCAUGAAAGGACUGUUCCCACCGAUGUGCUGCUUGGUGUUCUUAAACAUGUCUUGAGAGCGAGACCAGCCCUGAGGCUGGUGAUACUGACUGCCCCCCACAUGUCCAGCAAGCUGAAGGACUUCUGCGGCAGCGUCCCCCUCAUCCGGGUGGAAAAUGAGCACCAGGCAGAGGUGGUAUAUACCUGCAGCAUGCCAAAGGACCAUUUUCUGUCUGCACUGAGGCUGCUCUUUGAGCUACACCACACGAAGGAGAAAGGUGACAUCGUCAUCUUCCUGGCAUGUGAGCAAGACAUUGAGAAAGCCUCCCAAAUGAUCAGACAGGAACAGUCUAAUUCAAAUCCUGACCUCGGAGAGCUCAUCCCAGUUCCUUUAUACCCCACAAGAAAUGACUUAAUUCCCAAACCAAAGCAAGACAAACAGAAAUGCUACCAGAAAUACAGAAGAAAAGUGCUGCUUACCACAAGCUUUGGAGAAUCUUUGAUUCAGAUUAAGAACAUAACCUUUGUCAUCGACGUUGGUGUGGAAAGAAGAAAGGUGUACAACCCUAGAAUCAGAGCAGACUCCGUUACAACACAGCCAAUCAGCAAAGCCCAAGCAGAGAUGCACAAACAAAUGCUGAGCACGUCUCCAUCAGGAAAACUCUUCUGUUUGUAUCCUGAAGAAUUUACAUACAAAGAAAUGAAACCAGAUUUCCCAGCCAAAAUACAGGAAUCCAACCUAACCAGCAUGGUUCUCUUCCUGAAGAGGAUGGAUAUAGCUGGCUUCAGACACUGUGAAUUCCUAAGCAGGCCAGCUCCUGAAAGCCUGAUGCAAGCCUUAGAGGACCUUGAUUACCUAGCAGCCCUGGAUAACGACGGAAACCUCUCUGAAUUUGGAAUCAUUAUGUCAGAAUUUCCCCUGGAUCCACAGCUGUCAAAAUCAAUUCUGGCUUCUUGUGAAUUUGAGUGCGUUGAUGAAAUGCUCACCAUCGCAGCCAUGGUAACAGCUCCUAAUUGCUUCCUGCACGCACCUUCUGGAACUGAAGAGAUUGCUCUUACCUGCUGGAGAAACUUCUCACACCCAGCAGGAGAUCACUUCACUCUUAUCAAUGUCUUCAAUGCCUUCAGGGAAGCCAGCACAAACUCCGCAGGCCAGUACUGCAGUAACGAAAAAUGGUGCCGUAAUUAUUUUCUAAGCUGUUCUGCACUGAGAAUGGCAGAAAUCAUCAGAGCUGAACUAGUAGAGAUCAUGAAGCGCAUUGAACUCCCCAUUUCAGAACCGGACUUCGGAUCACCUGCAAAUACACUGAGCAUUAAGAAAGCUCUCUUAUCUGGUUACUUUAUGCAAAUUGCUCGUGAUGUAGACGGCUCUGGUAACUACUUAAUGCUAACACACAGACAAGUAGCCCAGCUUCAUCCUUUUUCAUCAUAUUAUAACACAAGGAGGAGUCCUGAGUGGGUUUUAUUCCACGAGUUCAGUAUCUCAGAAGACAAUUCCAUCAGAGUGGUCUCUGAAAUAUCACCCCAUCUGUUUGUGGAGCUGGCACCUCAGUAUUAUUUUAGCAAUCUUCCUCCUAGUGAAAGUAAGGAUAUUCUGCAGGAAGUGAUUGAUCACCUGUCACCUGUUUCAGCCAUCAAGGAGAAACAGAGAACUAACAGUGACAACAAAGAAAAUGAAAAACACCCCCAAACUCCCACUGAGCAGAGAUGUAUUAUUCAGUGA